GUUUUUCUUCCUCCGUCUCCUUCCGGUUGCACUUCCGGGUUGUAAUGUUUACAGUGGAGCCGCUCGGUAGCCCCGGAGUUUUUGUUGUUUUAGUUUGUUUGGCUGAAAAAGUCACGUGUUGCAGUCAAACGUGUUGUCAGCUGCGUGACUUGGCGCGCGCCAAAGGUAGCCUGUGAUCUCUGAGGUGUUUCCGCUCAGGCUGCGCAGACUCAGUAAAGCUAACCAGGCUAGCAUGCUAGCCAGCUAACGUCAGGCAGCAGAACAUUUCCCAGAAGAUCAGCUGCUGAAGGUCAGAUAAACAAACCAUGAAGAAGAAAGUCCGGCGUCUGAAGACCGCGUCCCAACAGAGAGGCCGAGCUCAGACAGCAGCAGAUGGAUGUGAGGAGAAAAAGCCGCCUGGUGACGGAGCGAAGCUGCAGAAGACUGAAAAUACAAGGAUGGCUACGAUGUCAGACUCAGGCAUGAUAAAAGAAGAGAAACUAGCAGAGAGCAAGUCCAGACCUUCAGCAGGCAGGCUGUCCACGGCCGUCUGCCGGCUCUGCCAUGGAAAGUUCUCCCCGCGCAGCCUGAGGCACGCCUUCAACAAAUGGCCUCAGGAUUCCCUGGAACUCCUCGACUCUGCCGCCCAGUCGCCCCUCCUGUUUCAUACGGACUUCCAGCGCCUCGUCGGGGUCCAACUGGACCGGGAUCCCCAGCUUUCAGAGUUCAUCUGCAAAAAGUGCCACACCAAGUUCUACAAGUGCCACAGCAUCCUGAUCAGGUUUCUGCAGAGAGUCAACCUCCCGCCUGUCGGAAAGGGCAACCGGAAGAGCGUAAAGUGUCCAAACUCGUCAGCCAACAACACGCCUGGAGCACCGACGUCCUUCACAUCGGACCCAAAGUGCCUCCACAGUUUGGUUAGCUGGGCUCACCGACACGCAGAGGCCUGCAGGUCCUGCCCCGACCUGAAGGAGGUGCUGGAGGGCCAGUGUUGGGGUUCUGUGAAGGCCGUGUGGGGCUGCGUGGACGGUCACAGAUACAUCAUGGACGCUCAGUGCACCACCGCUUCUCUGCCGGGACACAGAGUGGAGUGCAGAAGAGGAGCUCUGAGGAUCAGGAAAGAUGAUGUAAUGUCAGAGGAGGAAGAAGAGUCAGCUGGAGAUGAAAGGUUAUUGGAUGGAAAUCAGCCAAGUCAACCCGAAGGAACCGAACAGAACUUGGUGCAGGAAGACUGGACCGGCAGUGAAGAGUUCCCUGAGGAGGCGCCGUCUCCAGCUGCAGCGCUGCAGGACCGGACCGCUGACAGCGAUCUGUCUGACCGGGCGAUCUCUGAGGAAGAACUGGAGGCGAACCGAAGAGGAGCGCCGUCGGAUGAAGAGCUGUUCACGCCGUUUCUGAACAAGACUUUGUUUUGCGUCUCAGCAGGCAGGCUGUCCACGGCCGUCUGCCGGCUCUGCCAUGGAAAGUUCUCCCCGCGCAGCCUGAGGCACGCCUUCAACAAAUGGCCUCAGGAUUCCCUGGAACUCCUCGACUCUGCCUCCCAGUCGCCUCUCCUGUUUCAUACGGACUUCCAGCGCCUCGUCGGGGUCCAACUGGACCGGGAUCCCCAGCUUUCAGAGUUCAUCUGCAAAAAGUGCCACACCAAGUUCUACAAGUGCCACAGCAUCCUGAUCAGGUUUCUGCAGAGAGUCAACCUCCCGCCUGUCGGAAAGGGCAACCGGAAGAGCGUAAAGUGUCCAAACUCGUCAGCCAACAACACGCCUGGAGCACCGACGUCCUUCACAUCGGACCCAAAGUGCCUCCACAGUUUGGUUAGCUGGGCUCACCGACACGCAGAGGCCUGCAGGUCCUGCCCCGACCUGAAGGAGGUGCUGGAGGGCCAGUGUUGGGGUUCUGUGAAGGCCGUGUGGGGCUGCGUGGACGGUCACAGAUACAUCAUGGACGCUCAGUGCACCACCGCUUCUCUGCCGGGACACAGAGUGGAGUGCAGAAGAGGAGCUCUGAGGAUCAGGAAAGAUGAUGUAAUGUCAGAGGAGGAAGAAGAGUCAGCUGGAGAUGAAAGGUUAUUGGAUGGAAAUCAGCCAAGUCAACCCGAAGGAACCGAACAGAACUUGGUGCAGGAAGACUGGACCGGCAGUGAAGAGUUCCCUGAGGAGGCGCCGUCUCCAGCUGCAGCGCUGCAGGACCGGACCGCUGACAGCGAUCUGUCUGACCGGGCGAUCUCUGAGGAAGAACUGGAGGCGAACCGAAGAGGAGCGCCGUCGGAUGAAGAGCUGUUCACGCCGUUUCUGAACAAGACAUUGAACACCAACAAGAAGAGGCAGAGCACCAAAUCCUCAGAAGAACCCAGAGUCCGAAAAAAACCUGGACCCAAACCGGGUUGGAAGAACAAGUUCAAGCCUAAAGGAGAGGAGCUUCCAAACAUCUACAAGUGUCCGUAUCAGGGCUGCACGGCUGUCUACCGCGCUCCAGAUGGCUUAAAGAAACACAUCAAGGAGCAUCACGAGGACAUGAGGGAGCGACCCUGCCCUCACCCCGGCUGCAACAAGGUCUUCAUGAUCGACCGCUACCUGCAGCGACACGUCAAGCUCAUCCACACAGAGGAGAGGAACUAUAUCUGUGACCAGUGCGGUCAGACCUUCAAGCAGAGGAAACAUCUGUCCGUUCAUCAGAUGAGACAUUCAGGAGCCAAACCGCUGCAAUGCGAGGUGUGUGGCUUCCAGUGCCGCCAGCGAGCGUCCCUCAAGUAUCACAUGACCAAGCACAAGGCGGAGGCCGACCUGGAGUUCGAGUGUCUGGUGUGCAGGAAGCGCUUCGAGAAGGCCCACAACCUGAACGUCCACAUGUCCAUGGUCCACCCGCUGACGCAGCAGCAGCCCGCAGGCCUGCAGAGCCUCAGUCUGACCCCGGAGGCGGCCCAGCAGGACCAGGACAGAUGACGGCCGGGAGUUCAGGUCCUGGUCUGCUUCAGAGUUUCAGGUGAAGGUGCUCGACCAGAACCAGACCUGAGUUCGGAUCAGCAGAACCAGACCUGAACUCGGAUCAGCAGAACCAGAUCUGAGCUCGGAUCAGCAGAACCAGACCUCAGGUCGGAUCAGCAGAACCAGACCUGAGCUCGGAUCAGCAGAACCAGACCUGAGUUCGGAUCAGCAGAACCAGAUCUGAGCUCGGAUCAGCAGAACCAGACCUCAGGUUGGAUCAGCAGAACCAGACCUGAGCUCGGAUCAGCAGAACCAGACCUGAGCUCGGAUCAGCAGAACCAGACCUCAGGUCGGAUCAGCAGAACCAGACCUGAGCCGAUUAUUCUGCUGAAGCAAGAGAUUUGAAAAAGCUGCAGGUUUGAUGUUCAAACUUGAAGAUAAAUCGUUUUUAAAGUUUUGGACUGCUGGUCAGACUAAAUAUUUUAACUGGUUUCAUCAGGAGGUUCUGUACUUGGUUUCAACACAGUAAUCCGGCGGUUCUGGUCCAAUAAAGCCAGGUUGAAGCUGCUGCAGGGACACGCAGAAGUUUAUUAACUUAUUUCUGUCGCCUAGCAACAGAAGGGCUCAUGUCUGUUUAUUGUGUAAAAACUGUGAAAAUAAAAUGGUUCUGGAGAACUAA